CAUUUCAUUUUCAGAUGCAGGUAAAAUGGCUGUGGAUGGAAUAGGUUUAUCCGCAGUACUGUGUGAACUCUGUGAAAAUGAACCAGCACAAUCCUUCUGUCGCACUUGCAGUGGAAAUCUGUGUGAAAAGUGUGCUACAGAACACAAAGGUAAAAAGAUUUUCCACCGACAUGAUGUUGUCAAAAUGGCACUCACAAGAAAAAUGGAAAUUGAUGGAUUUGGAUAUUGUCGAGAGCAUCCAGAAAGCAGAUAUGAAUUGUGUUGUCAAGAGUGUACCGUCCCAGUGUGUACAAAAUGCAUAGCCGGUCCUCACAAUGGUCACAAAAUGACCGAUAUACCCAGUGUCUAUAUGGAAGCUAAAAGCAAAAUAACAUCAAAGGUUAAUGAAAUCGAAACAUCUCAAUAUCUAGAACACAGGAAAAAUUUAGAUGAUUUAGACAAUUUUCUGAGUGACAUUAAUAGACAAACAAACAACUUGGAAAAAAUUUGUUCUCUGUUGAAUGUUGAUAUUGCUUGGAUUCGGGGAGGGCAAGCAGAAAUAAAGAAAAUGAAUAUACAAGGCAAUGAACUGGCAACUGUCAAGACUCUCACUAAAGACGGGCGGCCCUCUGGUCUAAUCGAGUUGGACGACGGAAGUAUAUUCUACAGUGAUAUCGACAAUAAACAGGUGAAAAAGUUAUCCAAGGAUUUGCAAGAAGAAGAAAAAACAAAAUUGGACUGGCAUCCAAUGGGACUGUGUAUCAGUCGAAGCGGGCAUAUCCUUGUCUGUACAGCUUUUCUAUCAGGGGAGGCUGUAGAUCCUUCUGACCGGGGGAAAGUUUUGAGAAUGAGCUACAAAGGACUUAUAUUGCAGGAAAUUGAGAAAGACGGUGAAGAAAAAAACUUGUACAGCAGACCGAUUUGUAUUUCUGAAAAUAUCAACCAAGAUAUUUGUGUAUCGGACGUCUUUAGGUAUUCCAUAAUCGUUGUUGACAGAAGUGGUUUCUUCCGAUUUGCCUACAGUGGUGGGGGUAUUCAUGAGAGUAGAGAAGACUUUUGGCCUACCGAACUAGAUACCGACAGUAUGGGAAAUAUCGCUGUUUCUGACAAUAGAAACAAUUUGGUGCAUUUACUGGACAUUGAUGGUAAUCUUGUAAAAUAUUUGCUAACCUCAAGUGACGGUAUUUCUGAGCCAAGGGGUUUAAAAGUUGACAUUGAAGAUAGACUUUGGGUAACAGAAGUGAGAACUGGAUACGUGAAAAUAUUCAAGUAUUUGGAUUAGCUUCAUUUUUAUUAUUUAAGUAUUGUAAUAAUACGAUUGUUUGAAAGGCUAACAAACGUAUAAUCUGAAUUAUCCAACAAUUAAUGAG